AUGUGCAAACAAGUUGCAGCGUUUGUGUACUAACUGCAGUGCCAACAAUGCGGGCAAGCAUGACAAUAAUUUCCUAGGGGAGUUACUGGCAGCCUUACAGUGCAAACAGAUAAACUUUACAAGGCGUGGUCGUUAGGUUUGAUUCUGAGCUCGAUUCGCAGUGAGAUUAUAGUAAGGUUCUGUAAAGCGCUUAUAAAACGCCAUGCCUUCAAGAUUUGUUGUUGUGUUGGUCUCUGUACUUGCUGUUUCAGUUUCAAUUGGCAUCGGAGUUAUAAUUGGGUAUUUUUCUCAUCCGUCCGCCAACAGUAACGUCCAGGCACCGAUAGAAGAUGAGUCUAUCCAGCAAAAGUUAAUGAAUAGUAUUAAUAAGGAAAAUAUCCAGACACAUCUCAAAUUCCUGACGAAAAAGCCCCACAUCGCGGGGCGAAGCAACGACGAGGUGGAACUUGUGACCUACAUUGAAAACGAGUGGAAAGCGAACGGACUGGACAACGUUGUAAGCUACCCGUACAACGUCUUGUUAUCAUACCCGAAACAAGGAGACUCGAACUACGUUGCAAUAGUUGCGGCUGACGGUACAGAGUCAGAUAUAUCACAACGAAAAGAACUAGUCAUCGACCCGGAACAAAAUGACCCCGACGUGGUAGAUCCGUUUAACGCUUAUUCUGCGGCGGGAGAGCCGGAGGGUGAUAUCGUCUACGUGAAUUACGGAACCAUAGACGACUUCAUUUACUUAAACAGGACGAUGCUCAUUGAUUUUCACAACAAAAUCUGCAUCGCAAGAUACGGCUCAAUUUUCCGAGGAGAUAAAGCAAAGCACGCAGAGCAGUACGGGUGUGCUGGUCUUAUACUUUACUCCGACCCAGCAAACUACUGUGUUCCUGGCGAAGGGGUUUACCCCGACAGUUGGUACCUCCCACCCACUGGUGUACAGAGAGGAAAUCUAAAACUUGCUCGCGGCGAUCCAAGGACCAUCGAUUAUCCUUCGAUUCCAACGGCAUGGUUUAAAAACGUGAGUGAAACAUCUUUACCGAAAAUUCCAGUCACACCAAUAGGGUAUAUCGACGCUGUGAAAUACUUGAGCAAAAUGGGAGGACCUGCCGUACCUGCAGGCUGGAGUGGCGGUCUGAACAUUACGUACAGAAUAGGCCCAGGAUUUUCUGGCACUUACGCAAGCAGCAAAAUGAAAAUGAGCGUAAAAACAGAGAACGAAGAAAAGGAAAUUAAGAAUGUGAUGGGAUUUAUAAGAGGCUCAGUUGAACCUGACCGAUAUGUUUUGUUCGGCAAUCACCGCGAUGCUUGGGUGUUUGGUGCCACUGACCCCUCCAGCGGAACCGCUGUGCUUAUGGAGAUGGUACGAUCGUAUAGUGUGAUGUUAAAACAAGGUUGGCGACCCAGAAGAACUCUCGUGUUUUGUAGUUGGGGCGCGGAAGAAUAUGGUCUUAUUGGUUCUACAGAAUGGGUUGAGGAAUUCCAGAAACAACUUCUGUUUCGAGCAGUGGCUUAUAUUAAUGUUGACGUCAGCGUUAAAUCUUCCUACGUGUUUUCAUGCCGUGGAGUUUAUAGUUUGAGUAAUCUAAUGUUCGACGUGGCAAAGUCGGUCCCAAACCCUGAUACAGCAGAAGUGUCUAAAGGAAGAACAACAGUAUAUGAUACUUGGCUCUUACGAAGUCCAUUCAAUUCUUCUGAUCCAAGUUCCCUACCAUUUUUCGGCACGUUGGGUUCUGGAAGUGAUUACACCAUGUUUCUACAAAGCGUUGGUGUUCCAGCUAUUGAUAUGACGUACGACUAUGAUCGGGGACUUGGUAUAUCUUCCUACCCACUUUACCACUCUGUGUAUGAGACGUUUGACAUGGUGACUACAUACGUUGAUCCAGAGUUCACUUAUCAUCUGGCCAUGGCUCGCAUUUGGGCAGAAGCCGGACGCCGGUUGUCGGAUUCUGUUAUCCUGCCCAUUGAUUGCAGAUUAUACGGUGUCUACCUCGAUAGGAGUUAUGAUAGCCUGAUGACAAUAUACGGAAAGAGCAUGAGAGGAAAUGGUAUAGAUACAGAUAAGCUAAAAGAAGUAAUCGAUUUGUUUGCUGUUGCCGCGAAUGAAAUUCACGACAAGGAAAACACUCUGGACCUUUCGAAUGAUUUCCUGGUCCGGGGGUACAACGAUCAAUUGAUGCAAUUGGAAAGGGCAUUUCUGGAUCAAAAUCCACUUCCUGGAAGGCCUGUGUACAGACAUUACAUAACUGCACCAAGCCAGCACAACAACUACGGUAACUCUGGUUUCCCUGGUUUAGUGGACUCGAUGUUUGAUAUAGACGCAGAUCCUGAUCAAGUGGGAAGAUGGGAAGAAGUGAAAAGACAAUAUUCGAUUCUCAUUUUUCACAUUCUAUCAGCAGCAUCGACACUGCGCACCCCAGUGCCGAUGUAA